GGCGGGGCGGAGGGUGGGGUGGGUGUGUUGGCGGUUGUUCUUCGCGUCUCUAGAUCCUUUUCCAGAGUCCAGUUAUGGGUGUGAGAGGUCUGCAGGGGUUUGUGGGAAGUACCUGCCCACAUAUAUGUACAGUAGUCAAUUUCAGAGAGCUGGCAGAACAUCACCGAAGCAAGUACCCUGGAUGUACUCCUACUGUUGUGGUGGAUGCCAUGUGUUGUCUCCGAUACUGGUAUACUCCAGAGUCUUGGGUCUGUGGUGGCCAAUGGCGAGAAUACUUUUCUGCUUUGCGAGAUUUUGUUGACUCCUUUGCAUCUGUUGGCAUCAAGUUGGUAUUCUUCUUUGAUGGUAUGGUGGAACAGGGUAAGAGAAAUGAGUGGGUGAAACGAAGACUUAAGAACAACAGGGAGAUCUCUAGGAUUUUCCAUUACAUCAGGUCACACAGGGAGCAACCCGGCAGAAACAUGUUCUUCAUCCCCUCAGGGUUGGCUAUAUUUACACGGUUCGCUCUGAAGACUCUGGGUCAGGAAACUUUGUGUUCAUUGAAGGAGGCAGACUAUGAGGUGGCUUCCUAUGGUCUCCAGUACAAUUGUCUUGGGAUUCUUGGGGAAGACACUGAUUACUUAAUUUAUGACACGUGCCCCUACUUUUCAAUUAGCGAGCUCUGCUUGGAGAGCCUCGAGACCAUCAUGCUCUGUCGAGAGAAGCUCUGCGAGAGUCUGGGCCUCUGUGUGGCAGACCUUCCCCUGCUAGCCUGCCUACUUGGCAAUGACAUAGUCCCAGAGGGCAUGUUUGAAAGCUUUCGUUUCAAGUGCUUGUCUUCCUACACUUCUGUAAAAGAGAACUUUGAUAAAAAAGGUAACGUUAUCUUAGCUGUGUCAGAUCAUAUAUCCAAAGUUCUUCAUUUGCAUCAAGGAGAGAAAAAAUUAGAAGAGAUGUUGCCUUUGGGACCAAACAGGGCUCUUUUUUAUAAAGGAGUGGCAUCAUAUCUCUUGCCAGGACAGAGCUCACCAUGGUUCUUCCAAAAACCCAAAGGUUUAAUAAUGUUGGACAAGCAAGUAAUUUCCAUGAGUUCAGACCCUGAAUCCAAGCAAGGAGUUCCCAUAUGUACAGAGCCUGAAUCCAAGCAAGAAGUUCCCAUCAGUACAGAUCCUGAAUCCAAGCAAGAAGUUCCCAUAUGUACAGUUCCUGAAUCCAAGCAAGAAGUUCCCAUGUGUGUAGAGCCUGAACCCAAACAAGAAGUUCCCAUGUGUGCAGAGCCUGAAUCCAAACAAGAAGUUCCUAUGAGUAAAGAGCCUGAAUCCAAACAAGAAGUUCCCACAUGUGCAUACCCUGAAAUCAAGCAACAGUUACCUGUAGAAACAGACUCUGACUUUAAUCUAGAAGUACCCAUGUAUGCCCAUCCUAAAAUUAAAGAAGAUAAACCCAUGGAUAUGGAUUCUGAAAUAAAACAACAAGUAACCUUGGUUUCAGACCCUGAAAUCCUAAAGGUCGCCAGGAUGCAUCACAUCCAGGCAGAAAGCUACCUGGUAUACAGCAUUGUCAGCAGUGGAGAGAUCGAGUGCAGCAACACCUUGGAAGAUGAGCUUGACCAGGCCUUGCCCAGCCAGGCCUUCGUUUACCGUCCUGUCCGACAGCGUGUUUAUACUCUGCUCCUGGGCAGCUGCAGAGAUGACAUCAGCGCCAGCCUGGCUGUGAAGGAGUGGUUCGUGUACCCUGGGAACCCACUGCGGCACCCGGACCUCGUCAGGCCUCUGCCGAUGAUCAUUCCAGGGGGAACACCCAGCCUGAAAUCACUGUGGCUGAACCAAGAGCCAGCAGUGCAGGCCCGGCGUUUGGAUGCACUCCUAGCCUGUUUCAACCUCUCCUCUUCAAGAGACGAGCUGCUGGCUGUCGAAAGCCCAUUGAGAGCUCUGUGCUGCCUCUUGAUCUACCUCUUUGUCCAGGUGGACACACUCUGCCUGGAGGAUCUGCAUGCCUUUGUUGCCCAGGCCUUGUGCCUCCAGGGAAGAUCGACCGCACAGCUUGUGGACCUGCAGCUCGAGUACAUCAGCCCCAGAGCUGUGCAACUGGGUUCCCUUCUUGUCCGUGGCCUCACCACUCUCGCCCUGGUUAACAGUGCGUGUGGCUUCCCCUGGAAGACAAGUGAGUUCAUGCCCUGGAACGUGUUUGAUGGGAAGCUUUUCCAUCUGAAGUACCUACAGUCUGAAAAAGGAUAUUCUGUGGAGGCUCUUUUGGAACAAAAUAGGUCCUGGCUCACCAGAUUCCACAACCUGAAAGCAGUGGUCUGCAAGGCCUGCAUGAAGGAGAACCGACGCAUUGUGGGCAGAGGGCACUGGAGCUCACACCACACAGGGAGGUGGGGAAGGCAGGGCUCCAGCUCCCACAGGACAAGCUCUUCGUGUGGCCAUUCUGGGCAAGGACAGCCGUGGAGAGACCAGGGUCCAGGAAGCAGAACCCACGAGCAUGACCAGUGGAGGAGGUACUAGUGUCUCCACCUGCAUCCCCAGAAGUGCCAGGAGAAGCCGUCUACCACUGAGUCUUGCCGAGUGCCCGGCUUCCCAGGGCUCACAUGCUGCUGGAUUUGACAAGUUCGCCUCCUGCAGUUAAGAUGAGGAGGACGCAGCACCUGAACCCCACCCUGCCCAGCUGCAGCUGCAAGGAAAGUGGCUGUGGGACCAGAGUUCACUUGAAAAGAGAAAAGACCCUUGCCAGCGACUUGUCCCCAUGUGUCCCGGGUUGUGCUUGAUUGCAGGGCCCAGAACAGUCAUCAUUAACUUCUGCGUUACGUAACACGUGAUUGACAUCUUUCUCCAGGAGAUUGGCGCCUGACCUCACCUGUUCUUUAACUGGACACUACAUUGUGAGGAUACUUUCCCAUGUCCCUGCGAGGCGCUGGACGUGUGGUAUCUGACAGUCAUGUGGCAUUUCACAAAUUGUUUUCUCGUUGGAAAUUCUAACAAGUCAAGUUUCCAACUAUUUCUUCUCUUGGUUCUUGGAAAUGUUUGAAAGAAAGGAAGGAACAGCUGGGCACGAUGGCUUAUGCAUGCAGUUCCAGCAACUCAGGAGGCUGAAGCAGGAGGAUCACAAGUUCACAACCAAAAUAAGGUCCUGUCUCAAAACAAAAA